CUCACAGUUCCACUUUCCUCUGUUCUCUCUUUCUAGUUUUAUAUACGCGUAUAAAAACUAUAAAGUAUAAACUCUAUUCAUUUCUUCAUUUCGAGGGAUUUUUAGCUUCGCGAGAACUAGUCGACCAUGAAUCGAGGAGCAGAUCCCAAUCCUUUCGACGAGGAAGAGCCCGAAGUCAAUCCAUUUUCGAGUGGUGCAGGAUCAAAGUCUCGCGUACCUAAGGUGGUUGCAAGUACACUAGGUUUCGGUCAGAAACAUGAUGCCACUGUGGAUAUACCACUAGAUGCUAUGAAUGAUUCCAAGAAAAAGGAGAAGGAACUUGCAAACUGGGAAGCUGACUUAAACAGGAGAGAAAGGGAGAUCAAACGAAGAGAAGAUGCUGUAUCCAGCGCUGGUGUUCCUGUGGAUGAUAAAAACUGGCCGCCACUUUUCCCCAUUAUUCAUCAUGAUAUAGCUAAUGAAAUACCAGUUCAUGCUCAGAAGUUGCAGUAUCUGGCAUUUGCAAGCUGGUUAGGUAUUGUCCUUUGCCUUGUUUUCAAUGUCAUUGCAAUCACUGUUUGCUGGAUAAGGGGUGGUGGAGUCAGGAUUUUCUUGCUUGCCAUUAUAUAUGCCCUGAUGGGUUGUCCCCUUUCAUAUGUACUGUGGUACAGGCCUUUGUAUCGUGCAAUGAGGACUGACAGUGCACUGAAGUUUGGCUGGUUUUUCUUGUUCUAUUUGCUACACAUUGGUUUUUGCAUUCUUGCUGCAAUUGCCCCUCCAAUCGUCUUCCAUGGGAGAUCAUUAACGGGUAUUCUUGCAGCUAUUGAUGUUUUCUCUGACAAUGUUUUGGUUGGGAUCUUUUACCUGGUUGGAUUCGCGUUAUUUUGCUUAGAGACACUGUUGAGCUUAUGGGUACUUCAGAAAGUAUAUGCAUAUUUCAGGGGAAACAAGUGAUUUGAUUGCGGUGCUUAGAUUCUACUAUGGCAUUUUUGGAUUGGUUGUAAAAGCUGCAUUUCGUGUUGGAGUGUUUUAUAUUGAUUGCAUAGAUGAUCCGCCUUUUCCUCUUCAAUAGUAUCUUACAGAUCUGCUCGGUCCCUUUGCAGCUCCUUUAGUUCACAUUGUUUGCAUAAAUGAGUAAAGUUGGACUUUGAUCUGUAUAUAGAAAUUCAGAUUUGAGUACACAACUAUAAUGUCACUUAACUAUUUACUAUUAUCAAUUUGUUAUUCAAUUUUGACCUGUUGAAUUAGCCACUGCAACCUCCCUUUUUUCUCCUCUUUUUAAGAUGUAAUCUGUAUUGGAUUAUAUCUAAUACAGACCUUAC